CCGGCAGUUGAUUGCAGUUGGUCGAUCGCGCGUGGUAACUUUCCUCCGGCUUCCGUGCUUCUUCUUCCCAGUCUCCUCCCCACCUCACUGCCGAGAACGAAGAACGUCGGCGGAAUAGCGCGCGCAAAGCGAACACGGUGAGAAGCGAGCGGGUACGCGCGAACGUAGAACAAGUGACCGACACCGUGGUCGAUCGUCAUCGUCGACAUCGUCAUCGGUGUGAGCGAGAGGGGAAAUACGGUGCGAGCGUCGUCGAGAAGAAGAAUAAGAAGCGGAAGAGGCAGCGUUGUGCGAGAUGAGCACUCCGGUGAAGAAGGUGCCGAUUCAUCUGCAGAGCGCGCAGAACAGACUGCUAAUUAAGAAUGGCAAGGUCGUCAACGACGAUGGAAUCAUCGACAGCGACGUCUAUAUCGAAGACGGCAUCAUCAGGCAGAUGGGACGCAAUCUCAUCAUACCGGGCGGCACGAGGAUCAUCGACGCCCGCGGCAAAUACGUAAUGCCCGGCGGCAUAGACCCGCAUACUCACUUCGAAUUCGAGUUUAUGGACACCAAGACGGUGGAUGAUUUUUAUCAAGGCACGAAAGCCGCGGUCGCCGGCGGCACCACAAUGAUAAUCGACUUCGUGGUGCCGAGGAAGGAGGAGAGCCUCGUGGAGGCGUACGAGAGGUAUCGGCAGAACGCCGAUCAGAAAGUUUGCUGCGAUUACGCGCUGCACGUCGCCGUCACCUCAUGGAGUCCGAAGGUGAAGGAGGACAUGGCGACGUUGACCAAGACCUGCGGCGUCGGUAGCUUCAAGAUGUUCAUGGCGUACCGCGACAUGCUCAUGCUCAGGGACCCGGAGCUGAUCGAGUCCUUCAAGGCGUGCAAGGAGCUGGGCGCCGUCGCCAUGGUGCACGCGGAGAACGGCGACAUCAUCGCCGAGAAUGCGCAGAAACUGCUGGACGCGGGUGUAACCGGCCCGGAGGGUCACGAGAUGUCACGGCCCGAAGAAGUCGAGGCGGAGGCUGUGAAUAGAGCGUGCGUCAUAGCGAAUCAGGUGAAUAGUCCGCUGUACAUAACGGCGAUCACGAGCAAGGUGGCCUCCGAUGUCGUGUCGGCGAAGAGGUCGGAGGGUGCCGUCGUUUUCGGGGAAACUCUGGCGAGUGCCGUCGGUAUUGACGGUAGCGAGCAAUACGGCAAAGACGUGGAGAGAGCAAGGCGUUUUGUUACUAACCCGCCGUUGCGACCUGACCCAACGACACCUGCGUAUUUAACUGAGGGUCUGGCCCAAGAUAAUCUCCAAGUGAUCGGCAGCGACAACUGCACCUUCAGCGCCGAGCAGAAGGCUCUCGGCAAGGACGACUUCACGAAGAUCCCCAACGGCGUGAACGGCGUCGAGGAUAGGAUGUCGGUCCUCUGGGAAAAGGGCGUGCAUGCCGGCAUAAUGGAUCCGCAGCGAUUCGUCGCGGUCACCAGCGCGAACGCCGCCAGGAUCUUCAACCUGUACCCCAGAAAGGGCGUCAUAGCCGUCGGCUCGGACGCCGACAUUGUCGUUUGGGAUCCCAACAGGAAGCGCACCAUUUCCGCCGAGACCCAUGUGCAGGCCGUUGACUUCAACAUCUUCGAGGGUAUGGAAGUGACUGGGGUACCUGAGUACGUGAUCGUCAAUGGGCGUGUAUGCGUGGACGAGUGCGAGCUCAAAGCUGUCCAUGGGUUCGGGCGAUACGUGAAUACGGAGCCGUUCGGCACUUUCGUGUACGACAUGAUCAACGAGAAGGAGAAGAGACCACGCGGAGUCGCCCGGACGGAAGCGGAGGCGAAGCGACACGCCGAGGAGGACGCCGCGAUCGCGAAGGCUAAGGAAGCGGCGAGAGCGGCCGCAGCACGGGCCAACCAGACAAACGGUACUCACGAGAGUCCGAAGCCGAAACUGCAGCCUAUCUCUUGCAUGCCGACCUUGCCGGAUUCCGCCGUGGUGACGCCAUCCACGAAGGGCCCGAGGAUGGAGGGGCAGCGGAACCUGCAAGAUUCCACCUUCUCCAUCAGCGAGGAUGUCGAGGAAGCACGACGGGCUUGCAUUCGCGUGAAUAAUCCACCGGGCGGCCGCAGUGCGGGAGGCUUUUGGUAAUUUAUUACAAAAUAAGAAAUAAGCCGAGAGCGAGUCAGGAUUUGCUUUGCGUAUAAAGAGGCCACUUAAUGCGAGAGAGAUCAAUGGAAUUUCAUCCCUCUUCUCCACACACACACUCCUCGUCACCACCUCCUCCUCCUCCUCUCAUCAUCCACCGUCACCAUCCCCAUCACACAUCCAUCCACGUACACACACACACCUACACAUAUGCCGCACGCUUCACGCUCAUUUCGACGAGCCCCCCGCUUUCAGGUUCGCUACUCACCAAAUAUUACAUAUGCUAAGUUCAGUCGUUUUCACACUGUAUUCCCAUCGAUCAAGGUCUGUUCCAUCGAAGGAGGAUGUGGAAGCCCCCGGCCAGUAGGUUGUACGUUUCCAUACAUUCAUAUAAUCGUACCACUUUCUCGCUUCGUUGUCGCUUCAUCGCUGCACUUUUAUAUCACUGGCGUGUGCUUGAAUCAUUGACCUUGGUCCGUUUCCUCGACCGCGGCAUUCAAGAACGGUGUUCUCAGAGUUGUUAACGACGUUCACAUAUUGGCAGAUCACUCGAAGAUCACUUCCGUUACAUAUAUAUGCACUAUGAGAGACUUUAUUUAUUUAUUGUUGCACUUAAUUGUGGCAGGAUAUUAUAUAUGAAA